UAAAUGUAUCGAACCCUCCUCCGGUUUUGGCAAAACCCGCCUCCGCCGCUGCACACCCUCCCUCUCUCUCCACACGCCUAUGCACAUAUAUACACACAAAACAUAUAUCAUAUCCCCAUGUACGUAUAUAUAUAACCAAGUUGUUGUCUGUUCAUCAGAGUUUCACCGGCACCGCGCGUGCGUCUCUCUCUCUCUCUCUGAUUGGAUUCGCUCUGUCUUCCAAUUUGGGCGUUUUGGUUGAAUCUCGUGGUUCUGGGGGAUAGCAGUCGGCGAUCGCCAUUGUUGCAAGAAAGUAGAAAUGGCUUCGAAAUCAGCGGUGGAUAUGAUAGAGGCAUCAUCAAAGGUCCAUUUCUCAGGAUUUCACCAAUUGAAUGGCUUAGGUUCGAGAACCGAGCAGAUGACUGCCUCUGCAGACGAAGAUCAUCACGGGCAACCUUUCGUGAUCGGAGUUGCUGGAGGAGCGGCAUCAGGUAAAACCACCGUCUGUGAUAUGAUUAUACAGCAACUUCACGAUCAAAGGGUCGUAGUUGUGAAUCAGGAUUCCUUUUACCAUAAUCUGACGGAAGAGGAAAUUGCAAGAGCUAAUGACUACAAUUUCGACCAUCCUGAUGCUUUUGACACCGAGCAACUGUUAUGUUCCAUGGAGAAACUGAGGAAAGGACAAGCAGUAGAUAUCCCAAACUAUGAUUUCAAGAGCUACAAGAAUAAUGUUUUCCCUCCUAGAAGGGUGAAUCCUUCUGAUGUCAUAAUAUUGGAAGGGAUACUUAUUUUUCAUGACCCUCGUGUACGAGAGCUGAUGAACAUGAAGAUAUUCGUAGAUAUAGAUGCUGAUGUUCGUCUAGCCAGGAGGAUCAAGCGUGAUACUGUUCAGAAGGGUAGAGAUAUUGCCACAGUACUUGACCAGUACUCUAAGUUUGUCAAGCCCGCGUUUGAGGAUUUCAUACUCCCAACAAAGAAAUACGCGGAUAUUAUUAUUCCCCGUGGAGGUGAUAACCAUGUUGCCAUUGAUUUGAUUGUGCAACACAUCCGCACAAAGCUCGGUCAACAUGACCUCUGUAAAAUAUACCCAAACCUCUAUGUUAUUCACUCAACGUUUCAGAUACGUGGGAUGCAUACUCUCAUACGAGACGCUCAAACUACGACCCAUGAUUUUGUCUUCUAUUCUGACAGAUUGAUUCGUUUGGUGGUUGAACAUGGCCUCGGGCACCUUCCUUUUACAGAGAAGCAGGUGAUCACUCCCACCGGAUCGGUUUAUUCGGGUGUGGACUUCUGUAAGAGGCUAUGCGGUGUCUCAGUUAUACGAAGUGGUGAGAGCAUGGAGAAUGCUCUUCGUGCUUGCUGCAAAGGUAUCAAGAUCGGGAAGAUUCUGAUUCAUAGAGAAGGCGACAAUGGUCAACAGCUUAUUUACGAAAAACUGCCAUCAGACAUCUCAGAGAGGCACGUGCUUUUGCUGGAUCCAAUCCUUGGGACAGGAAACUCGGCGGUGCAAGCAAUAAAACUGCUCAUAAGCAAGGGUGUUCCUGAAUCCAACAUUAUAUUUCUCAAUCUAAUAUCUGCGCCUCAGGGAGUUCAUGUGGUGUGCAAGAGGUUCCCGAGGAUAAAGAUCGUUACUUCUGAGAUCGAACUCGGUUUAAACGAUGACUUCAGAGUCGUUCCCGGUAUGGGCGAGUUCGGUGACCGUUAUUUCGGAACAGACGACGAGUAAACUCUCAAUCAUAUUGGAGUCGUUCCGACUCUCCCAAGUAAGCCCAUUCUCAGCCGUUGAUGUGCACGGGAGAAAACCGUGUAAUGAGAUUAGUAUUUUUUUUUCCCCGGUUCGAGCCAGAUAUGGUCUUUAAUUUCUUGAUUGGCGAAAAUUUUGAAAAAGUCUUGAAAAAUUUUGGUUGUUGCUCAUAACCACGGUUCAUGGUUAUGUACACCAGAAGAGAGCUGUAUGGACUUUUAUUGUUCAAAAGAAAGCUUCUCCUUGAGUGAGAGGGUAUGGUCUGGAUAAUUUUCGGUUUGGUA